AGCAGGGCGGCAGGCAACGGGCGCACGAGCGAGCUAGCAAGAGAGAACCAUGGGAGCGUGCGCCACGAAGCCGAUGGCGCAGGGGGACGCACCCCUGCCGCUGGAGCAGCCGCCCUCGCCGCGCGGUUCCGAGGUGGAAGAUGCCCGGAAGGAGGAGGAGCAGGACACCAAACAAGGGACGGAGGAUAAGAACGGGCAGAAGUCGCUGGGUGACUUGUUCGAGACUGAAGAGAUUACUGAACCCACCGAGACCGAUAAGCAUGUUGUGUCGGAGACUGCUGCACCCGAAACAGUGCAAGUGAAGGAAGAAGUGAUCGAGCACAAUGAAAUGGAUGAAGCAGUAGAAGAAGAUGGAACAGAAGAACAACUCGUCGAAAUCUUUGAAUCGGAACCUGAGGAAGCCAUCGCAAAUGUCACACCGCUGAAGACCUCGGUACCUUCUCCGCCAACAAAUUCUGAAGAAAGCGUUGGAGAUGUGGAACCAUCGGAUUCACAAGUAAACAAGCCCUCAGACCAGAUUGCCGAGGUGGAGCCAGUGGAAUCUAUUCCUAAAGAAGGUCCAGCUGCCGAAGAGAAGAAGGGAGAUGUGUUUAGCGCCCUGUUUAAUGCAUACAACAACUUGCUAAACAAGACUUGA